CUAGCUACAUAUAGACCACAAACUGACAGAAUAGAGUUCAGUUUCAUUGAUCUUUAACAUCAUGCCGUGCGGAAGCUGUCGAUGGCAGUGUGUACUGGGCUUGUUCUGGCUGACUCAGCUGUGGACAGCAGUUGAAGCGGACUUUCCGGAGGACACAUAUCCGGCCAGUGUGCUAGAGGAUGCGAAACUAUCAACGGUCCAGCUGUUGGCCAAGUACAAAUAUCCGGGCGAAACCCACACCGUGACCACCGAGGACAAGUACGUGCUGCAGAUGCAUCGCAUUGCCCGACCAGGUGCGAAGCCUGUGCUGCUGAUGCACGGACUGCUGGACAGCUCAGCAACGUGGAUCCUGAUGGGCCCCCAUAGUGGUCUGGGGUAUUUCCUCUACGACGCUGGCUACGAUGUGUGGCUGGGGAAUGUUCGGGGCAAUCGCUACUCGCGAAGCCAUGUUAAACUCAAUCCCGACACGGACAAGUCCUACUGGAGCUUCUCAUGGCAUGAGAUCGGAUACUACGAUCUGCCAGCCCUCAUCGACGCGGUGCUGGCCAAGACGGGCUACCAGAAGCUGAGCUACUUUGGCCACUCCCAGGGCACCACCUCCUUCUUCGUGAUGGCCUCCACUCGGCCGGAGUACAACGCGAAGAUCCACGUAAUGAGCGCAUUGGCGCCAGUGGGGUACAUGACGAAUAUGCAAUGCCCAUUCAUAGGCAUCGGACAUAGGGUCCUCCCUAUGAUUGGAGAAGGACAGGAAAUAUUGCCAUACUUUAAGGGUUUUAGUAUCUGCAUGAUGUCGGAAACUGUUAUGGACAUCUGUAUGUUUUAUUUUUGGAGGAUGUUUGGAAAGGAUCCACCUGAAACUAAUAUGACAAUGUUACCAGCAAUGUUUGCACAUGUGCCUGCCGGAGCAAACUCUAAUCAGUUCCUUCACUACUUGCAGCUGCAGAAAUCGGAUCGUUUCUGUGCAUACGAUCAUGGUGAGAAGGAGAAUCAGCGCAUUUAUGGACGAAGCAAGCCCCCGGAUUAUCCUUUGGAAAAAGUAACAGCUCCUGUUGCUCUUUACUACACACAGAAUGACUAUUUGAGUGCUGUGAAGGAUGUUAAAAGGCUGAUCAAGCGGCUGCCCAAUGUGGUUGAGAAUCACAUGUAUCCAUACAAGAAAUGGAAUCACAUGGACUUGAUCUGGGGCAUCAGCGCUAGGCGCCUGGCCCAGCCUCGCAUGCUGGAGGUCAUGCAGUUCUACGAAGCGAAUGGAGCACAGAAUAGAACAGAAUCAAAACACGAAGACACUGAAGAUAGCACGACGACAGAAGCUGCGCAGACAGAGGAGACUGAAGAGCCUGAGGGUUUCCUUUCACAUUCUCUUAAAUACAUCAUGAAUUACCUCUUUUACGAUUAGGCUUUGAAAUGAGUUUUCUGUGUGUCACGA